UUUACGUUUAUUUUGACAGCUGUGUCCAGGUGGAAAUAAAAAAAAUAAACAAAUCGUUACAAUAAAUAUAACUUGAAUGAAUCUGUAAAUCAGUAAAUUAAAAAUGACUUCAACUGAUGAACGUGCGGUGUUUGCCAAAUUAGAAGCUCUGAAAGAAAUUAGGAGUAAAACCAUUCAGUUAGAAAAAUUGAAAGCCCGUUUGGUAUUUGAGGUAGAAGCACAGGAUCAAGAAGAGAAAUGCUUAUCAGAAUACAAACAAGAAAUGGAUUUACUUCUUCAAGAAAAAAUGUCUCAUGUAGAAGAGUUGAGACAAAUUCAUGCAGAUAUAAACGCUAUGGAGGGGGUAAUAAAACAAGCAGAGGAGAGCCGCACUAGAUCUAUGAAUUCUGCACUUCGUUUGCAUGAAGAAUAUCUACCCCUGAAAAAUGAAAUUGAUCGACUUAGGAGAGAGUGUUUAGGACUGGAUCGUCUUCCAGAACUACAUGAAGAAGAAGGGUCAAGUAUAACUCCAGAGAAAUUUUCACAACUGUACAAUUCUAACAAAUCACAGACAUCAACAUUCAAUAAGACUGCAGAUUGGAACAGACCGAUUGCACCCACUGAAAACUCAAUUAGCUCUUUGGCUCCACCAUUACCACCAACAUUCUUGCCUCCUCCAAACCCCUUGAGAUUAGUUACCAACAAACCGGAGCCAGGACGUCCGGGAAGCAUGGCGCCUUCACCUCAUCCGGGACCUCCUACGCCUACUUUCAGGUCGGAUCUUAGUCUAAGGCAGCAACCACCACCGAUGAAGUCAUGCUUGAGCUGUCAUCAACAAAUUCACAGAAACGCGCCGAUAUGUCCGUUAUGCAAAGCAAAGUCUAGGUCACGUAAUCCGAAGAAACCAAAAAAGAAAGAUCACUGAGUGCUGUAAGAGUAUAUAGACAUAGGAAACUGUAAGACGUAAUUAAUCAUUUUAUAUAUAAGAUUACUUUGUUGUACCUAAAAUAAUACAGUGAAGGACUUACCAUGCCAAAUUAAACAAGGAAAUAAGACAUUGGAUUUGUAACAAACUUGAGUUUUAAAGUUAUUAGAUUUCAAAUUUUUGAAAUGAAAUUGCCUUUUGUAAUAGACUGUCUAUUUUUUAAGAAUUAUUGGUGAUUCUAGCCAC